AUGAUUGCAGCUAUCACAACUGCAUCGGUAAUCAUCAUUAUUUUCCUUCUUAUUAUUGCACUCUUCUUUAAAUAUAAAUUACAAGUUAAAAUCUGGUUAUAUGGUCACAACAUAUUGCGUUGUUGCAUUCGGGAAUACGAGCUGGAUGAGAAUAAAACGUUCGAUGCGUUCAUCUCCUAUGCGCACCAAGAGGCUGACUUUGUCAACCACAUAUUACUACCACAACUCGAGCAGUGCGAACCACCAUUUCGUGUAUGUACGCAUGAACGCAAUUGGCUAGCUGGCGCUUAUAUACCUGAACAAAUCAUCGAAUCGGUCGAACAGUCGCGACGUACGAUUAUUGUGCUCUCGCAGCACUUCAUCGAAUCUGAGUGGGCGCGCAUGGAGUUUCGCACAGCGCAUCACUGCUCGUUGAACGAAGGUCGUGCGCGCAUAAUUAUGAUUAAAUAUGGAGAAAUUAUCAAUAGUGAGUUAUUGGAUAAGGAAUUGAAGGCAUAUUUGGAUAUGAACACAUACUUGGAUUGGCAAGAUGCCAGAUUUUGGGAUAAACUACGCUAUGCCAUGCCACAUAAAGUGGGUAGAAAACGGAACACCGAUAUGCUUAAGGUUAACGGCAGAUUGUAUGUUAUGGGGCAAGUUGAGAUGAAUCGUUUGCGUGGUGAGAACGCUUAAAUUGGUCGGAGAU